CGAAAAUUUAACAAUCUCGUUAUUGUUUUAGAUUCAAGCAACUGCCAUAAAUACCAGCCUCUGCUCGAAAGUCAAAUCAGUUUCAAUUUCUUCUUCAAUUCGACCAAUAGAGUAAAUCAUCUGAGAGAACUUGAUACCUGCUCAAGCAUGUUGAAAAUCACGAUUUUGGCUGUUUAUUCGGCAUUCUUCCUCGUCUCAGGAAGUUCUGCACUGGAUAAGCUGAAACCAAUACCCGAAUGUUGUCUACUGGACCAGGCUUGUUCAAAUCCAGACCAGCCAAUUUGUUUCGGGCACCCAAAGGACAGCAAUUCCUCAAUAACCCCAGUGGAGGUCGUCCCUGAAGCGAUUGGACUCUUGCCCUGCUGCAGAUUGGUGGGCACGGAUUCCUCGGUCUACAUCAUCUGUUCCCAGGACUUUUGCGGCGAUUGGCCCGGGUCUCCAACUCUGCCAGACGACGUGACCGCGGCCACGUGUUGCUACACCUUCGAAAGUGGAACCACUAUUUGUGACAUUUAUUCCUGCAUGAAUUCGGGGCCAACUGGAAUUCCUUACUUGGAAGGCCCCAAGAUUCCAAUUGGGGAAUCAGAAGACGGGAUUCAUCACUUGUACACGUGUUGCCAACCCAAUUGUGGAGUAAACGGGUGCAGUCCAGUGUGUCGAGAAUGUGACCUUUGACCCUGAAAUUGAUGAGAACCCGCAUGGAAAGCCCCGAUGACGGAAAUCCGCUUGACCAACCGACAAGGAAUCUGAUCAUUUCUCUACUGUACUAAUAGAUGUCGAAAGUGUCUGUCCUCUGAAUUCAUCUUGGAGAUGCAUGUUACAAAUCCGCUACUUCGAAAAUCAUUUUCGAAAAUCUGGGAAAUUUCAUUUCGAAUCCAAAAUUUCCAGCUGAAAAUAAAUUCCUCUUCCAAUUUAUGAAAA